AUGUCGGAGGACGAAGAACUGCCUGAUCUAGGAGGAGGCGCUACCCCCAAUAGCAACUCGACGGUCGUAAGCAUCGGUGGAGGAGAUCAGAACUAUGUAUCGCCAGGCCCAGAUCAAGUUCUGGAAAACGUCCUCGAGAACGUUCUGUGUUUCUUGACCUCUCGGCGUGAUCGCAACGCUGCGUCCCUUGUGUGCAAAUCGUGGUACCGUGCGGAGGCCCUCACUAGAUCCGAGCUGUUUAUCGGAAACUGUUACUCGGUGUCACCUCGCAGAGUCACGAACCGAUUCAGGCUAAUCAAAGCGAUUGCAAUCAAAGGGAAGCCCAGAUUCUCGGACUUCAGCUUGUUGCCACCGGACUGGGGUGCGCACUUCGCUCCCUGGUUGAGGGCUAUGGCGAUUUCGUAUCGUGCGCUUGAGAAGCUGUACUUGAAGCGUAUGUGUGUAAGGGAUGAGGAUCUGGCGAUUGCAGCUCACUCUUUCCCGAUUUUGAAAGAGCUCGUUUUGGUUUGUUGUGAAGGUUUUGGAACUGAUGGACUUGCUAUUGUUGCCCGUGAAUGCAGGCAAAUUAGGGUGCUUGAACUGAUGGACUCUGUCAUUAGAGACAAUGAAGUGGAUUGGAUUUCAUGUUUUCCUGAGGACGUAACCUGUCUUGAAUCUUUGAUUUUUGACUGUGUGGAGGCCCCUAUAAACUUUGAGGUAUUGGAGCGGCUGGUGGCAAGGUCACCUUCCUUGAAGAAACUUAUGUUAAAUAGCUAUAUAUCCAUAACACAGCUUUACCGCUUGAUGAUUCGAGCUCCACAGCUCACCCAUCUGGGAACAGGUUCCUUUAGUCCAUUAGAGAUUGUUGCUCAGGGUGAACAUGAACCAGAUUACUUUUCCGCAUUUGCUGCUUGCAAAUCGCUGAUUUGUCUGUCUGGGUUCAAGGAAAUUAUUCCAGAAUAUCUAUCUGCAAUAUAUCCAGUCUGUGGUAACCUUACAUCCCUUAAUCUGAGCUAUGCAAACAUCAGUGCAGAACAAUUGAAACCAGUAAUUCGUCAGUGCCAUAAACUCCAGACAUUUUGGGCACUUGAUUCAGUAAGUGAUGAAGGACUUCAAGCAGUUUCUGCAGCAUGCAAGGACCUACGAGAGCUUCGGGUUUUCCCUGUUGAGGCUUUAGAAGAUGCUGAGGGCCCUGUAUCUGAAGUUGGUCUGCUUGCAAUUUCCGAGGGUUGUAGGAAACUGCAGUCUAUUUUAUAUUUUUGUCAUAGAAUGACCAAUGCUGCAGUUGUUGCCAUGUCAAAGAAUUGCCCAGAUCUUGUGGUGUUCCGUCUCUGUAUAAUGGGACGGCAUAUGCCUGACCAUGUAACUGGUGAGCCAAUGGACGAAGGCUUUGGAGCCAUUGUUAAGAACUGCAAGAAGCUUACCCGACUUGCUGUAUCUGGUCUAUUGACUGAUAGAGUUUUCAAUUACAUUGGACAGUAUGGAAAGUUACUGCGAACAUUGUCAGUUGCUUUUGCUGGGAACACUGACUUGGGUCUCAAGUAUUUACUGGAGGGCUGCCCUAAGUUGCAGAAGCUUGAGAUCAGGGAUAGUCCCUUUGGAGAUUCAGCUUUGUUUGCUGGUUUGCACCAUUAUUACAACAUGAGAUUCCUGUGGUUGUCGGCUUGUAAAGUAACCCGUCAAGGCUGCAAGGAGGUUGCACGCCAAUUGCCUGGUUUGGUAGUAGAAGUGAUUGCUUGGAAUGAGGAGGAGAAUGGCACAAGUGAAGAUGUUGAUACUUUGUACCUGUAUCGCUCUCUUGACGGGCCGAGAGCUGACGCACCAAGGUUGAUGGUGAGGCCUUCUUUAAUAAUGUUGGGGAAGGCAUUGUUCAACUACAGAGCAGGAUUUCCUUUGGCUGCUCUCAAGAUUUCACCCAGCUCGUGUGGGUUCCAUGCAUUAGCGGUUGAGCCUUCCCCAGCUGCCUAG